AUGCCAGCUUUAAAUAAAAUGCUGGUUAUUUCAGCGCUUCUUGUCGUCUUUGCCUCCGUCAAAUGCCAGGAAUCAGCUAGUUAUGACCUCUUGGAAGAGUUCCGCUUGUCUGAGUCCAAAGGCAUAAGGAGGGUGGAUGGAUCCGAACCAGAUGCAGUAGCUUAUCGUGUUAACCCCGCCCUUCAUUUCAGGAAGACCACGAGUGACAUUCACCCAGAUGGCCUGCCCACAGACUAUUCCAUCAUUGCCACCUUCAAAAUAACUAAGGACACAGCUAAAAAAUCUUGGAACCUGUGGCAGGUCAGCGAUCCUGAGGGUAAUGAGCAGGUGGGCUUGCGUUUCCAAGGUGACACCCGCACCUUGGACUUUUUCUACACCAGCCCACAUGGCACACAAAUGCUGCGGACCUUCCAUAGGGUGGACAAGCUGUUCGAUAGUGAAUGGCAUAAGCUGGCUCUGAGUGUGAAGGGCUCACAGGUCAAGCUGCUGGUGGACUGUGAGGAGGUCAGUGUAGAGCCGAUUGAUGAGCCGCGACCCAUCAUCCGCCAAGGCUACACUUCCAUCGUCAAGAGAGCAGUGGGCGACCGCUCUGUUUCAGUAGAUCUACAGCAGCUGGAGCUCUCCUGUGAUGCUGACCAGGCCUACUCCGAAGGCUGCUGUGAGCUGUCCAGUGUGUGUGGUGGGUAUGCUGAGAUUGGUCUCACUGCUGGCAGGGCUACAUGUAAGUGUGUCCAUGGACAGCCUGGUCCUCAGGGACCUCCAGGACCAAAGGGUCACAGAGGUUUACCGGGAAACCCAGGAGAGCCAGGAAGAGUGGGAAAUUGGGGACGGCGAGGAGACACUGGCGACUAUGGACAUGUAGGGGAGACAGGCCCAAAGGGAAUCGGCGGCAUUAAAGGAGAGAAGGGAAUGAGAGGACUCCAUGGUCAAGAGGGUGACAGAGGUUCUAAAGGGCUGAAAGGACUAACGGGUGCUGGAGGCCAUAAGGGAGUGCAAGGAUCACCAGGGGACAGGGGGGAGACUGGAGAGCCAGGGGAAGUGGGUGCUGCAGGAGAACCAGGAUAUGAGGGAAUUCCAGGGUAUCAAGGAGUGAAGGGAGAUGAGGGUGCUUCUGGUGCAGAAGGACCUCCAGGGCCACAAGGCCGUCAGGGAAUUGUGGGUGAUCCAGGUGAAAGUGGAACUCCAGGAGAGAAAGGAGCACCUGGUGUUCAAGGUCGUAGGGGAGGACUUGGUGGACCUGGGGAGAAGGGAAUCAUUGGAGACCCUGGUAUGCCUGGGAGGGAUGGAGACCCUGGUGUGGAGGCCUAUCAAGGACCACAGGGACCAGAGGGCAGGGGUGGAAGAACUGGAGACAGGGGGGAGAAAGGUGUUCAGGGGUCUCCAGGGAAUAUGGGCCCUCAAGGACCUAUUGGCCCAAGAGGUUAUAAGGGCUCUGCCGCAAAGCCAGGAAGACCAGGAAUUAUUGGGCCCCCAGGACGGACGGGCCACGUGGGAUUACCUGGGAGACCAGGUCCUAAGGGAGAUACUGGUAUUCAGGGAAUCCAAGGAGUUAAAGGUGAUAAGGGAGCAAAAGGUAUAAAAGGCCCAAAAGGACAGGUUGGAGACAGGGGUGAGAGGGGCCCCCAGGGAGGUAGAGGAAAGCGAGGUCCUGCAGGAGAACUUGGUCACAAAGGGUCCGUGGGGAGCAAGGGUGUCAGAGGAGAUGGAGGACCAGAGGGAUUUCAGGGACCUCCAGGACCACCAGGCCCCACUCUUGCUGCUCAACAUGUUAUCGAAGUCUGUAAAAAAGUGGUGUUGGAACAGAUGUCCACCUUUGCUAACUCGGUGAAGAGGACGUGUGCUGCUGUGUGUCCACUCUAUGGAGAUGUGCCCAUGGGUGCCCCAGGUCCCCCUGGCCAGAAGGGACCACCUGGACCACCUGGUGAACCAGGCACUGAUGGGGAGAAUGGAGAGAUUGGGCAACAGGGAUUCUAUGGAGAGCCCGGUGACCCAGGCAGACAAGGAGCUCCUGGUGAUCAAGGAGAACGUGGGGAUAAGGGAGCUAAAGGCUACGGAAUCCCUGGCUACAUGGGAGACCAGGGACCAAAGGGUCAGCGUGGGAGACCUGGAAGGGCUUUUGAUGGACGUCCGGGUAAGAUGGGUGAGAGGGGCCAUGUUGGUCGACCAGGUCUGAGGGGUCAUCCUGGGCUUCGUGGAGUACCUGGAGUGUGCUUGACCUCUGGAUGUGCUUUGCUCAACGCAACAGCUAAUGAGGCACCUCAACAGGCACCACAGACGUUGAGGAGACGCCCACAGAGGCAGAGAGGAAACUUUUAA